UACCCAAACAUUAGACAUUUACAAUGAUCGGAUUAGUAGAAGUUGUAUUUUUUGCAAUAAUUGCAACAAGUUUUGAUCAAUCUGUGGCAAAUCCGGGCCUUCAAACGGCCUGUGACGAAUCCUGCGUAAGGACACUGCAACCCAUGCUGGAUCUCAUAAUAACCCGGCAGACUCGAAUGAAUAACUGCGAGAAGAACAAUUUGAAUGAGAGGCAGAUAAGAAUCGAUGCUCAACUGGACGAUUUGCAUACUAAAAUCGCAGAGUUUACUUCUAGCUAUGAAAAGCAUGGCUCACGGUUCUUCUACAUCGAGAAGAGAAAAAAAGAGAAUUGGUUUUCGGCUGCAAACAUUUGCCGGAAACAAGGUAGCUACCUUGCCAAUAUCCGGAGUGCAGAGGAGCUUACGCUAAUUUCGACCAGGCUUAAUCAGGACUCUGAAUAUUGGCUGGAUAUCAACGAUUUGUCCAAGAAAGAAGAGUAUGUUUCUUCGUCCUCUGGAAAGUUGGCCACCUUUUUGGAUUGGCAUGCCGGCGAACCCAAUGCUACGGAGGUCAGCGAAACACACUGCGUUUCACUUUUAAAUGGAAAAAUGAAAACUAAUUUAUGUAAAUCCAAAAAUUAUUUCAUUUGUCAGGCAAUUGAUGAUGUAUUGUAAAUGGUUUAAUGUUGAUAGCUUAAAAAUUGUUACUGAAAAUAAAGUUAAAUAAAAUCUCAA